AAUAUCUUGAGUGCAGCACAAAAGACAUCUUGGUGCAUUAUGACCCAAUAAGAGAUUGCUGAGGCCUUGGGAGUGUCCACAUACUGUUUGGAAGUUGCUUGCUGCUCCAUACACAGAUCAUCAGGAUUGAGUUGAGACAAGAGGGUGACACUGAGUGCUUGGUAUCCAUGCAGUGAAUGCUGUGCUUAGAAAUGAGUUUGAGAUUGAAUCAAGCACUUGGGCAAUUUUCAGAGCGCUACAUAAGCAUAGUCUCACCAGAAAGAAGGGAUGGGUUAUUCUUUCACGGGAGUGGAAUAUGGAAGAGAAUGUUAUUGUUCAAAUAGCGUUACAUGGAUUUCAGGUGCUGGUCAACCUGCUCCUGAUAGUGAUUGUUCGGUCCCAUGUAUGGGGUUGGGGAGUGCUACAUGUGGAGGUGGGUAUAGGAUUGAGAUAUAUGCACCAUUUGGGUACUCAAUGUUUAGCUUUUGGAAUAUGAAACAGAAUUAUGUGAGUUUGUAGGGGGGAUGGGAACACUUGAGUGGAUUGGGGGGGCUGAUAUUGUGAGGUUAGAGUGGAUGCUAAUGGGUGGAUGCUCUUUACCACACAUGGUAAAGUGCUUCUCAGGUUGUUCAGAGUCUUUGGUUCACUGAUUUUUUUCUUUUGGCUUGUAGGCAUCAUCCAGUAUAGGCAUGUGGCUGAUUUGGUGCCUAGUUCCCCUCAUGUGUUCUUCUGCACCAUUUCCUUGUGUAUUAUUAGCUGAUUUCUUACCUUGUAAGUGG